GGUGUAUUUGUUCUCCAAGUACUCCUAAAAUUCUUGGUUGUGAUGGACCACAGAUAUCAAUGUCCAAUACAGCAAUCUACAAUAAUAUUAAAUCAAAGCUUUUAAGGAGGAUACAUAGAAAUUGUGAUAAAUCAAUAAGAGGCUGGUACAAGUUGGUACGACAUAGAUACCUAUACAUCUACAGAUAUAGUUAACUCACUGGUAUUUUUAAGUUAGAAGGAAAAGGUAUAAUACAGUUCAACAUGGGAGCAUGUACAUAGAGAAUCACAUGGAUGUGCUUGGUCUAGGAAAAAGGCAAUUACAGCCAUGGAGUACUGUUGGUUCAUCGAUGCCUUACACGGAAUACAAAAUUCCUAUUCGUGUAAGCGACUACAAUCAUACACAUCAUUUAUUACCUUGGAGACCUAGUACAGGAUUUGAAAAUAUUGAAGUUAUACCAUUGGCUAGAAAGUGUAUAUCAAAUUAUCCAUUGGAUACAACAAAUGGAGUCAUGCAUAAGCCAUUAAAAUUUCCUGACUUGGUAACUGGAUGUCAUAAAGAUCCUGUCCAUGCAUCACGAGCUGCUCUUUAUACAAGAUAUACUCCAAAUGAGUGGUUUCAAAAACAAAUGAAAUAUUACAACGAAGCAGAUUCUAAUAGACAUUUAUCAGAAAGAUUGAGAAAUGAUGCUUUAAAAAUAGUUAGGAGUGCAAAAGAGAAAAUACAAUAUGGACAAUUAGAUACUGGAAGAAGAUUAGGUGAAAGAAUAAACGAUGUAUCCUUUUGGCGAAAUGAAAUAUCUUCAGAAUUAGAAAGAUUAUUGCAAGAGAUAGAAAGACUUCAGGAUUGUCGUUCUGUUUUGGAAAAAGCUAUAAGAGAUAUUGAAGGACCGUUGCAUAUUGCAGAAGAAUGUCUUUAUCAUAGAGAAGCAAGGAAAGGGACAGAACUUGUUCACGACGAAUCAGAAAAAUGCUUAUUGAGAGAAAUAGAUAAUUUAAAGAAUUGUCAGAAAAAAUUAGAGGCUUGUCUUGACAAAUGUAAAGAUCAGUUGCGUAAUUGCAGAGCUUCGCAGAAUCAAUUAGAAUUAGAUUUGAAGAACAAAGAAAGUGCAUUAGGUAUAGAUAUGAUGUGUCAUCAAUUGAAUAAUUACAGUCAUGGAUUACAAUAUUAUGCAGGAAUUGAAAAAUAUGAUCCUUGUCUCUCGGAACAAGAAUGUUGGUCGGAAGCUGCAAACCGAAUAAUACAAAAGUCACAACAUGAAAGAAAUAUGUCUAGUCAGUUGCGAACUUGUGCAGAAAGUAUUAUAAAUAAAGUGUCUCAAGAAAUGUGGGACUCAUGGAGUAAUACAAACAAUGCUUUGACACAUAGAUCUUCAGAGUUACUUGAAGCUAAAAAUAAAUUGCAGCAGCACUUACAAAAAGUACAGCAGGAAAUAUUUGAUGUUGAAAAAAAUAUGGAAUUAAUGCGUAAAGCUAUUGCUGAUAAAAGUCAUGCUAUUAAAGUUGCACAUACGAGAUUAGAAGCUCGAAUGCAUCGUCCAGAUUUAGAAUUAUGUCGUGAUAAUGCUUACUUAAGUCUUCAAAAAGAAAUAGAUGAAAUAGAUCAUCAAGUUAAACGUAUGCACAAAGCAUUGAAAGAACUUGAAGAUCAGCAUCAAAGAUUAUUGAGAACUAGGACUGCAUUGGAACAUGAUUUAGCACUUAAAAUAGAUUCUAUAUAUAUAGACAGAGAAAAGGUUUGCGGUCUUCGACGAGCAUAUCCAGUUAAUGCAUUAUUUAGAUUUUAAUUAAUUAUUAACAAUAAUGUAUACAUAUUUAAAACUAUUGAUGCACAUAACUAUA